UCUGAGAAUAGCGGUCAGGAGUCGGGCAGACCAGGCGCUGAGCUCGGAAACUCCGGAACAGUUCUGCUUCUCCUCAGAUACCUCCGUCUGGAGUUCCUGCUGUUUCCAACCGCCAUGCGGCACUUUUUGAACAACUUCGCUGAGUUUGAUGGUUCUUAGCUCGCCAAGGUGCGGCGCCGCUCGUUUGUUUUUCCCUCCUCAGUCUCGUCCACGCCGCGAGCAGAAACCGGAGGAUGACUCUCCUCGCGAGCGUUCGGCGCCACAGCCUGCGCGUGCAGCAGCGCCUGCACCGUUGGAGCAUCUGCGGGACGGACGGUGGUCAGCUGCUGAGUGAAGGUCCCUCUGCCUCCACCGCUGGACCACCGCGCUCGCGUUCCUGCUGCUCCGAGGAGCCCCCCGUCCUCGCCCCCAGCGCCAGCGGCCCGUUCACCGUCGUGCUGCUCGGAGACGACGGCGUUGGCAAGACCGCACUCGCGGGCAUCUUCGCCGGGGCUGCGGACAGCAUGCAAUGCGACUACGAACCUGACGGAGGUGAGGUUGUCGAGCAGCACAUGCUGGUAGACGGUGAAAGUGCCACCGUGACCUUACUGGACACGCGGGAUUCCCUGAACACAGACUGCUGCCCACAGGCCGGAGACGCAUUCAUCAUCGUCUACUCCAUUACAGACAGAGCAAGUUUCCUUCGGGCGGCUGAGCUGCGUGUGCUGUUGCGGCGUGAACGUGAGCCUCAUCACACUCCCAUCAUCCUCGUGGGCAACAAGUGUGACUUAGUCCGGAGGAGAGAGGUGUCAGUCAAUGAGGGUCGCACAUGCGCUAUGGUCUUUGACUGCAAGUUCAUUGAAACAUCAGCGGCAAUGCAGCACAAUGUGUGGCCACUGUUCGAGGGCAUUGUCCGGCAGCUCCGCCUGCGGAGAGACAGCGCUGAGGCCAUCAACCGAUGGCAGGCUCAGUACCAGCAGUCUGAGAGUGUUCCUAAGAAGGCCAAACGCUUCAUUGAUAAACUGGUGGCUAAAAAGAAUAAGCAUGCAGCGUUCAAGCUGAAGUCCAAAUCCUGCCAUGAUCUAUCAGUUCUGUGACCUCUUGGCCUCUCCCUGAAGUGUGUGUUUACUUUGUACUUUGUGUGGCCUGAUCGAUACGUCAGAUCUCCAAUACUAUAUCGGCCAAUAUUCUGUAGAUUGGUCAAUCUUGACACAAAUCCUGAUAAAGCAUGGUAUUUAAUGGGUUGUUUCAUAAGCUAACAAACCAUACUGAUCGUUUCAUUAUACACUGCUCAAAAAAAUAAAGGGAACACUCAAAUAACACAUCCUAGAUCUGAAUGAAUGAAAUAUUCUCAUUGAAUACUUUGGUCUGUACAAAGUUUAAUGUGCUGACAACAAAA